CCAUUCUGCUCAUCAUCAUAGAGUUCCUUCACGUCCUAGACCUCCCUCACCGAUGCCUCAAGAUCGUGAAGACUUGCGUCAUCAGAUUGAACGAAAUCGUGUGUCAAGACAUAGUGCAGAAGAAUUAGAAGUUCUCCGUAAAAUAUUGGCUGAAAUCGAAACUCGACAGAAAUCACAUGAAGACUCCCCCCGACAUGUCUCGACAUCGGGCAAUGUUAUCAUUGAAGCUGAUUCACCUUUGGCUCCCGAACAUACUGCAGAGGCACUUCCUGCCAAGAUAAAAAUUCCACAAAUUGGCAUGUAUGAUGGAACUUCGGAUCCUGAUGCACAUUUAGGUCACUAUACGUCAUGGAUGGAUUUGCAUGGCGCCUCAGAUGCUUUGAGAUGUCGGAUGUUUUCCCUCACACUAGGGCCACGCGCGCAGAAAUGGUAUUACACUCUUUCUCCUCAUUCGAUAUGGAAGUGGCAACAAUUACGUGCAGCUUUCCGAUCACACUUUAUCAGAGCUCAAGUUUGUCUUAUCUCGAAAGAAUCCACCACUAACAUCGUGCAGAAAGAUAACGAAAAUCGAAUUCACGCAACCGAUAAAGAGAUUUUUACGAUCUCCAAUCUUGUCGGUACCUCGACCGAUGAAUACAAAAAACCCAGAACCCAUGAUAACCCGAAUUCUUCUUAUCGCAUACCUCGGGUAAAUUCGAACACUAAGCAGUUGGAUACAUCUCGACGAAAAGCCAAAGCCUAUGCGCGAGAAGCACAAAAUGCCGGGAAACAAAUCAUGAACGUUGAUCUUCGAGAUACCAUCAACAAACGGAAUUGUCCUAUCACUUUCCACAUCGAAGAUGCCAAUCUGUUCGCUCAUCCACAUUCCGAUGCUCUCAUUAUCACUGCUCCGAUUAGAGGAAUUUCUGUUCACCGAAUUAUGGUUGAUACCGGAGCCUAUUCGAGUAUUUUAAUGUUUCGUACUUUCAAAAAAUUGGGUUUGGAUCCCGCUGAUAUCAGACCUUGCAACGAUCAGAUUCAAGGCUUCAAUGGAAGCAUUUCUUGUCCCCUCGGUAAAAUCGUGCUCUCUAUUCGAUUCGGGGGCUUCGGACCAAAAUCCAAAAUCAUUAUGGAGACCUUUAAA